AUGGUUCCAGCUCUAGACUCUUUUCCAGCUCCUGCCAUCUCUGAAACCAUUAUUCAGUUUGGCUCUCUAGCUGAGAUUGAAUCACUACUUACUGUUCCUGUUACACCAAAUGAAAACUCUUCCCCUCUUUCCUCAAACCUUGCUCCUAGUAAUCCCUCCCUUCCCAUCCUCCCUUCCCCUUCUCCUCCUGUAAACCUUUCCACAUCCAACCCUGCUCCUCUAACCGCUACUCUUCCUCUCCACCCUCCAUCUCAGGCCCCUGCUCCAACGUUAGCAGAAACUCUGCGAUGGUCAUCAGUGCACUCCUCUGCAACUCCUCCUCUUAGCUCCAUCAAAAUUUGGGCUCACCUUACUGGAGUUCCGCUUGACCUGCGCUACAAACAAGGUCUUAGCCUAGUCGCUGGUCUAAUAGGGAAUCCUAAAGAAACCAAUGACUUCACCCUAAAUUUAGUGAGUCUUACCUUGUCUCAUGUCAAGGUUGAGGUUGAUCUCACCAAGCCGCUUCCUAGUGUGGUUGAGUUUGAAAGGCAGAGUGGUGAGGUUGCAGAGGUGCUUGUGGAAUAUCCAUGGUUGCCUCCCACUUGCUCUCAUUGCCAUGAGCUAGGUCAUGUAAUCCGAAACUGUUUGCUUUACUCGCCGCCGAAAGCUCCUCCUCCUGCAGCUAAGGUUCCUGGCAACAAACAAAAACAGAAAGCAUCAGAAACUUUGAAACGGACUCCGGCGAGUACUGUAAAAGACAAACACUACUAA